ACGAAUGACGAUGAUGACGAAUGUUGAUGAUGAACAUAAGGAUAAUUUUGUUGAUGAUAAUCCUGUUGUUGAUAAUAUUUGUGUUGUUUAUCAUUAUACUGUUGUUGAUGAUAUUGUUUUGUAGAAAUUAAGAAAUUUAAGACUAAAGGAAUUUUAAAAGCGAUCAAUAAAACUCAAGAAAAUACGAUAUUGACGUUGCUAAUGUUGAUGAUAAUACUGUUGUUGAUGACAACGUUACUGUUAUUGCUUAUGAAACUGUCGUUGAUAUAUUAUUAUCUGUGAUUAUUAUAUAUUCUUCUUGAAAAUACUGUUGUUGAUGGAAAUGACGAUAGCAUUGUCGAUGAUAAUAAUAAUGAUAUUCAGGAACUGCUGUUCAUGGAAAUGCUGUUUUCGAUUAUAGAUCAACGGUAUAUCCAAUGAACAGGUGCGCUAUGGUGAAAUAGCGCAAGAGGCCAUGAAUAUAGCCAUCUCUCUCACCCACCUAGGUGUUAGAAAGGGAGACGUGAUCGCUGUCAGUUCGGAAAAUCGUAGAGAGUUUUGGAGCACUGUGAUUGGAAUAUUGUGCGCAGGCGCAAUAGCUACUACGAUCAAUUUGAGCUAUAGUAAAGAUGAACUCCACCACGUAAUGAACAUAGCGAAACCGAAAAUCAUAUUCGCUUCCCCAUUUUCAUACAAACAGCACUCGAAAACCUAUAAAUCGCUUAAAUUCCUUGAUAAAAUCAUUCUCUAUGGCGACGAACUGCAACCGAAUACCUUAUCAUAUAACGGUAUGGCAAAACCGGUAUCGAAACAUACCGGUACCGGUAUUGGGAACGUGAAUUAUGACGAUUUUCGGUGUGUAGAUGUCAAAGGGCAGAUAGACACGGCAUUUAUUUUAUAUUCAUCUGGCACGACGGGUCUACCGAAGGGUGUUAUGAUCACACAUCAAAAUGUACUUGCGGCUUGUACGCCACCAAUAGAAAUGCCUCCUCAAAAGAGUCUAUCAAUAACCCCCUGGUUCCACAGUAUGGGCUUAAUCGGUAUGCUAGCAGGAUUCCUUAGAGGAAAACUAACAGUUUACCUACCGAAGUUUGACGUCGAUAUUUAUUUUAAAACUAUUGAAAAAUAUCAGAUAACCCACCUAACUGUAGUACCCGCUAUGUUAACAGCAUUAUCCAAAGCUGAAGGGAAAUAUGACACAAGUUCUGUCACAGAAGUAUAUUCUGGAGCCGCCCCGUUGUAUGAAGAAACCGCUAUUGCGUUUAAGAAAAUGUUUCCAAACGUAGCAGUUAUUCGACAAGGCUAUGGUCUGACUGAAUCGACUCUUGCUUUAACAUUUAAUAUAAAUUUUGAUAAAAUGGGCAGCGUUGGUUGUGUAGUGGACGAUGUUGUAUUAAAAGUAGUGAAUCCCGAAACGAAAGAGGUGCUAGGUCCAAACCAAGAGGGCGAAAUCUGCGCCAAGGGUCUAGUGGUGAUGAAGGGUUAUGUGAACAAAGAUAGAAGUGAUGACUUUGAUGAUGAAGGGUUCUUCAGGACUGGUGAUCUGGGGUAUUAUGAUGAUGAGGGGUAUUUCUAUAUAGUGGACAGGCUGAAGGAACUAAUCAAGUAUAAGGGGUAUCAGGUACCACCAGCAGAAAUAGAAGCUGUUCUGCUCAAACACAGCAGUAUAAGAGAAGCAGCAGUGGUGGGUCUCCCAGAGCGGGCUGCUGGGGAACUGCCUCUCGCGUUCGUGGUGUUACAGCCUGGGGCUGAGCUUAGUGAGAAGGAAAUACAGGACUAUGUGGCGCAAAGGUUAUCAAACCCAAAACAUCUUCGGGGCGGUGUGAGGUUCAUAAAUGAAAUACCAAAGAAUCCAACAGGCAAGAUACUGAGGAAGGAAUUACGCAAAAUGAUCGGCGCCGGGAAGAGCAAGCUUUAAAAAGAGUGAACCGAGCACACGUGUCAGAAGUGAAACUUCUUUACUUUUUAUGUUGUGAGAGCAAGAUAAAGACGAUUUUAUUAUUAUUAUUCUUUGGCAAGAUUAAAUACCAUAAUCGUCAUCUUACUUCAUGACGUGACGGUAUUGUCAUGACACGACCUUGAAAUUUUAC